AAGGCAAAUCUGUUCAUUUGACAUACAGCCCCGUAUGUUUCAAUCUCAAUAUAAGGGGUAGAAGUCUAUAUUUGCACCACUGUCAUAAUUGCCUAAAUCAUGGACAGAAAUGUUUAUGUCUUUUUGGCUGAUUAGGAUGAAGAUGACAUUGCGCAUAAUAUAUUCCUCAUGCCGCACAAGCACUUUCGCAGUCAGGCUUGGACCUGUCCGUCCCUUCAGCCUUACCGUCUACAGGGGAGGCUAUAGUGAGAUCAUACACAGGUAUACAUUUUCACACCCUAAACACACAGUGUCCUACAAUGCCUCUCUCUGUCUCUCUGUAGAAUAUGUGAAUGCUGAAGAGUUGCCUACCGACAUGAAGUCCAUCACAGACCGUGCAGCACAAACACUGCUGUGGACCGAAUUUUUCAGGGGAUUGGGCAUGACCAUGAGUUAUUUGUUUAGAGAACCAGCUACUAUCAAUUACCCAUUUGAGAAAGGCCCUCUCUCUCCCUGGUUCCGUGGCGAGCAUGCGCUGCGCAGGUAUCCCAGCGGAGAGGAGCGCUGCAUUGCCUGUAAACUGUGUGAGGCUGUCUGUCCUGCUCAGGCCAUCACAAUAGAAGCAGAGACCCGUGCAGAUAGCAGCCGAAGAACAACUCGCUAUGACAUUGACAUGACCAAAUGCAUCUACUGUGGAUUCUGCCAGGAAGCCUGUCCUGUGGACGCAAUCGUAGAGGGCCCUAAUUUUGAGUAUGUGACUGAGACUCAUGAAGAACUGCUGUAUAAUAAAGAGAAGCUGCUGAAUAAUGGAGACCGAUGGGAGGCCGAGAUUGCUGCUAACAUUCAGGCAGAUUACCUGUACAGAUGAACAAAUAACAUCCUGCUGACAGAAACACAAACAGCAGACGACAUCAGUUCAUUAGCGACCCGCAUCAUCUACUGAAACUAAAAAUUACACUUUGUAUAGAACCACAAAAAGUAUUCAUAUAUUUGCUGUCUAAACGCACAAAACACAAUGCACAAUGAAUGUUCAUCUAUCUGUUCAUUUUAAAGCAGUGCAUUCAAACAUAAUAGGUUGUUCUCAGGGGCAGAUAUUACAGUUGAAUGUGAAUGUUUACAGGAAAUGCACAUAUUUGCUUAUUCUCUGAUAAAGUGAUUUAAUGAUGUAAAUAAAAUAACAAACAAAAUAUGGUGUGUUUCUUUUAUUAACAUAAUGCUAAUAAUGUAACCAUUU